AGCUUGAGCUGGUCCAAUCAGCGCACCUGCUUCUUGCUCCAGGGAGGUCGUGCGGCAGUGUUAGUCGAAAGUUUGUUGUUCCAACAUUUUUACCGUUUCUAUAACCAAGGGCAAGGUUCAAGGUUCCUAAAGUCAAAGACUCUCGAACCAAGGGCAUGUGCUUGUUUUCCAUUGGAAAAUCAGGGUGUUGUUUUGUUGACGUAGAGGGCGCAUCGGUAGCCCACCACAAAGACAGACAGCUAUCCUAGAUCCUGUUAUUUCAGCAAAAAUGGCCGAUAAUGAUAUAGAUUUGUACGCGGAUGAUAUUGACCAAGAUUUUGCCCAAGACGAAUAUACAGGAGACAACGUUGACUUAUACGACGAUGUAAUAGCAACUGGGGCUGGAAACAGUACUGAGAAUGCGGAUACUAAAUUUGAAGGAUCCGACGGUACCAAUGGUACUUCUGCAAAUAACUUGAGUACGAAUCAUAGUGCACCUGGAAGAAGACAUCAGUUGUAUGUUGGGAAUCUUACUUGGUGGACUACAGAUCAAGACAUUGCGAGUGCAGUUAGCAGCAUCGGAAUAAAUGACUUUCACGAAGUUAAAUUUUUUGAACACAGGGCCAACGGACAAUCAAAAGGGUUUUGUGUUAUUUCUCUGGGUUCUGAAGCUAGCAUGCGAAAAUGUUUGGAAUUACUAGGAAAAAAAGAACUUAACGGACAGGCUCCACAUGUUACUCCCACUACAAAAUUGGCACUGUCCAAUUUUGAGAGUCAAUCCAAAACUCGUCCUACGCCGGCAAACAAUACAAACUCAAGACCACCCCAUCCGAGCGCACCCAAUCAAGGCCCCAUGCAAAACUUUGGCAAUAGAAUGCCAAUGAAUCAAGGUCCCAUGAGAGGACCACCAAUGGGCCCGCCUGGAAUGCAAGGCAAUGCCAGAUUUGGAGGUCCUAGAAUGCAAGGUCCGCCUGGCUAUAAUGGUCCACCAAAUAUGCAACAACAACCACCCAGAUUUCAUCAAGGUCAACCCCAAUGGAAUGGACCACCAAGACCUAAUGGACCUGGACCCAAUAUGGGUCCCAUGCGGCCUCCACCUGGACCUCAAGGCCCACCUAGACCUCCAAUGGUAAGAAUGUUUCAAGGUCCACCACAAGGACAGCCUCCAAGAAUGCAACAACAAGGACCGCCUCCAGGUCCUCCAGGAAUGCGUCCUGAUUGGAACAGACCGCCCAUGCAACAAGGCUUUCCGCAAGGUCCGCCUCCAAUGCAAGGACCUCCAAGAUUACCGCCUCCAAUGCAAGGACCGCCUGGAGUGCCUCAGGGUGGACCACCACAAGGUCCUGCGCCCCACGUUAAUCCUGCUUUCUUUCCACCUACUGGGGGACCACCGCCAAUGCAAAUGGGCGGACCUGGACCAGGCCCAAUGGUUAUGCAACAAGGGCCACCCCAUGGACCUCCACACGGACCUCCAAUGGGCAAUCAGCAACCUCCACCCCAUUCUCAUGGUCCUCCUCAUGGCUAUGGUCCGCCUUCUAACAUGUCUCAGCCUGGUCCUUAUGGAGGUCCGCCACCAGAUCACAGGCCUGAUAUGCCACCGAUUAGUGAACAGGAGUUUGAAGACAUCAUGUCAAGAAACCGUACAGUUUCUUCUUCGGCUAUUGCAAGAGCAGUUUCUGACGCGGCAGCUGGGGAGUAUGCCAGCGCCAUUGAAACUUUGGUUACUGCAAUUUCGUUGAUAAAGCAAUCGAAAGUUGCUAACGAUGAUCGUUGUAAGAUUUUGAUCAGUUCGCUUCAGGAUACUUUGAGAGGAGUUGAGGAUAAGAGCUACAGUUCAUCUAGACGCGAUAGGUCUAGGUCCAGGGACAGGGCGCAUAGGAGGGGCAGACGGGACCGAUCUUCUUCGAGGUAUCGCGAACGAAGCAGGGAACGGGAACGUGACAGGGACCGUGAAAGGGAACGUGAAAGAGACCGUUAUUAUUCAGAUAAUUAUAGGGAAAGGGAAAGAGAUCGUUCUAGGAGCCGUGGAGAAAGAGUUGAAAGGGAAAGGGAGAGAGAUUAUAGGGAACGUGAACCUGAAGAGACGAAAUUAUCAAGACCAAGAAACAAGUCCCCAGUGGAAGCGCCAGAGGCAGCUGCAGAUCAGCCACCUUCAAAGUCGCGUUACUACGAGGAACGCUCUUAUAGGGACAGAGGCGAAAGAGAAAGGGAAUCCGGACGUACUAGGGAUGCUGAUAGGGAACGGGAAAGAGAUAGGGACAGACGUGAGGAGUCUCAUCGUUCGAGGCAUUAAAGCUAAUUGGAUGUUUGUCUAAAAAUAGUGUAUUCUAGACGAAACAUCUACAUAUAAAAAAAAUAUAUGUACUUUGUGCUAGCUAUAAGAAUAAUUAAUUAAACUAGGCACUCUGGUUAUCAAGUUAUUAACAAAAAAAUUUUAAAACCAGUCACUUUAUGUAUAAUUUUCACUUUUGUUGAACAAAUAACUUGUUAAGUGCAUUUAAUGUGUGCUUAAGUUUUAAUUUUAGGAUGUUAGUUUUUUUUUAGUGUUCUACGUAUUAUCAAAAGGAAAAAGAGGACUCUUGGGAAGGCAGAAGAAGAACCUGGAAGAAGAAUGUAUGAAUUGUAUUAAAAACUAAUUUGGAAAAUA